CUGUUACUUGUCGACUUAGAAACGAACUGUUUUUCGAACGAGACGGCCGCGAUUCCAUUCUCCUCUGCAUCUUGUCUCGUCUCGAUCGCAAAAACAAUCGAUUAGAAUCUGAGAUCGAGAUCCUGGAGACCAUGGACGGAAGCAAUGAUGCGGACGGUUCGAUGCACAAGUCGUUCGGGAUAAUCGAUUGUGCUGUAUUUGCUGGUAUGCUCGCGAUUUCGGCUGUGGUCGGUGUGUACCAAGCGUACAAAUCCCGAAAAAACGAAGACGCGGUACGAGAAUAUUUAGUUGGCGGACAAAACAUGUCGAUAUUUCCUAUAACGAUGUCCUUGAUAGCCAGUUAUAUAUCUGGAAUAACAAUCCUUGGCUUCCCAGCAGAAAUGUACGUGUAUGGAACACAAUUAUGGUGCGUGGUUAUCGCCGAUUCGUUCGUCUCAUUGACAAUGGCCGUGGUAUAUUUACCAGUAUUUUAUGGUCUUGGCAUUACUUCAUCGUACGAGUAUCUCAAUCUGCGAUUCAAUGGCAUCGUUCGACUUAUGGGCUCCGCGAUAUUUCUGAUAAAAAUGCUGUUGUACAUUCCACUGGUCAUAUACGUUCCUGCUCUGGCGUUCAAUCAAGUUACCGGGAUGAAUCUGCACGCGAUCGCGGUGCUAGUCUGCGCCGUUUGUAUAUUUUACACCACUUUGGGUGGCUUAAAGGCAGUCGUGUGGACUGACGCUAUUCAGACGAUCGUCAUGUUCGGAGGAGUGAUAGUAAUAGCUGUGAUCGGGACGAAUCAAGUGGGAGGAUUCAACGAAGUUUGGAAGAGGAAUCGCGAUACCGAUCGAAUCCAAUUCUUCGACAUGAAUUUAGAUCCGACAGUGCGGCACACUUUUUGGACCGUUGUCAUCGGCAACUACUUAAACUGGUUGGCAAGCUGUUCCGUCAAUCAAGCGAUGGUGCAACGAUGCUUGGCCAUGCCCAAUUUACGGAAUGCUAAUAUAACAAUUGCGAUCAUGGCAAUCGGAAUAAUUACCAUCGUAUCAUUGAGUUGCUACACUGGCAUUGUUAUCUUUGCAGCGUUCCACGAUUGCGAUCCCAUUUCUACCAAGCAAAUAAAAAAACCGGAUCAAUUGUUACCAUUUUUUGUGAUGGAAUUGACUGAAUCAAUCCCAGGAUUGCCUGGACUUUUCGUCGCGGGUGUGUUUAGUGCAGCUCUCAGCACGAUGUCAACUGGUUUAAAUUCCAUGUCUGGUGUGAUUUAUGAAGACAUGAUAAAACCAUGGCUGCGAAUACCACUUUCUGAAAUAGCGGUUAGCAGAUUAAUGAAAUUGACUGUUGUAUUGACGGGAAUACUCUGCGUGACGCUCGUCUUUCUCGUCGAGAAACUUGGCGCUUUGAUUCAGGCUGGUAAAAGUUUAGCGAGCAUUACAGCGGGACCAUUACUUGGAAUUUUCACAUUAGGCAUGUUUUUUCCAAUCGCAAAUUCCUCGGGAGCGCUGGUUGGAGGUUUAAUAAGUUUGAAUCUAGUCGCUUGGAUCUCAUUUGGCACUCAAGCAGCCAUAUCUAGUGGAAAAAUUCAUUUUCCUGUGAAACCAGUAUCCAUCGAAGGGUGUUCGGAAUCACUCAAAAAUCAUGCUACCAAUCUUUCGCUUAUCGUCGAAACUGCGAUCAAAGAACAACCCUUCUUUCUCUACAGAAUGUCAUAUCUUUGGUAUACAUGGGUCGGUUUCCUAACCGCGAUUCUCGUUGGACUUCUCGUUUCAUGGAUUACAGGAUUAAACAAAUGCAAACCGGGUGAUGAAAAACUAUAUACACCUGUGAUUCGCAGUUUCUUACGUGAUUCCACUAUUACAAAACGAGAACAGGAAACCGUUGUGGAACUCGAAAAAAUGGACAGGAGUGUAACGAAAGUUUGAAAAAUUGUCUGCUUUUCAUUCAAGUUCAUAUUUAUGAGUUUUUGAAUUUUCACAAGAAAAGGAGAUGACAAUUGUGGAAAUUACGUUGCG